ACAAUACCUCAGCUCAGAUUCGCUGCACCACAGAUGAAGGAAUUUUCCCGAGAAAGUGAGAGAAGAUCAGGUGAAAAGAAAUGGGGAUAGCAGCUGCACUAGGUCUGCUUUCACCCUUCCCAUUCUACUAUUGGCUAUGGACUUACCCACAAACAUGGGUGGACCUGUGUGGGAAAGGGCGUGACCCAUGCACAGUGAUGGCUUAUGUGUCUCAUUUCCUCAAACUGAUUCAGUUCCUCUCUCUCUUCUCAGUCUCCACCCUCACUUGGCCUCCCCUUCUUUACUUCUGGCCCCUCAUUGCCUUUGGCCAGUUCCUCAACUUCAGGGUCUAUCAGUUGCUCGGCGAAUCUGGUACUUAUUAUGGAGUACGUUUUGGGAAGAACAUUCCCUGGGUGACAGAAUUUCCAUUUGGGUACAUAAAAGAUCCUCAGUAUGUGGGAAGUAUUUUAAGUCUUCUCGCAUGCCUGUGGUGUGUACCAUUUCGAUACAUUUUGUUGUGGACGUUGGGCUAUGUUGUAAUGAUACAAGUGGAGUCAAAGGAAGAUCCCACAACUCGUGCAAAGCCACCUUCGUAAUUCAACAUUUUGAAUUAGACCAGAGAAUCAGUCGUGUUUAGAACACCAAAAUUUGUUGAAUUGAGAUUGCAGUAGGUUUUUCUUCUCUUUUGUCCUGCGUCAUUCA